UCAACUUUAUUUAGAGAGGGUGACAUGUGACAGUAUAAACUGAUAAACUAGUGGCCCUCUGUGCUAAAAUUGUCCUAACCAUACGAAUCAAUUAAGUCCAAUAAAAUGAAAGAUUAGUUUCUUUAUACCCUGGGUGGACUUCAAUUUAUGGCCCCAUUUGUGGACACAGAAACCAGAGAACAUAGCAAUGGAUAAAUAAAAUAUCAUUUUGUUUUUUGCUGUCCAAAACGACAAAUAAAUAUUAAAACGAUCUGGAUUAACUGACCAAUGUGACGAAUAAAUGAAACAAAUUUUUUUUAAGAUUAGCUGACUAAAAAACUCUGGACAUACCUGUCUCUUUAUGCUGUCACUUUUGUGGGGGUUGAAAAACCUCCAACAGAGUUGUUUGCCUCUUUAUGGCAGACAUCCGAUGUGUAAUUUAUUCAUAUUUUGGCAAAACUCAAACUCUGGGAAGUGGAUGCAAUCUUGUCAAGCAUGAGUGAUUUUCAGAGCAUGUGGAUAUUUGUAUUGGGCAUGCGUUGUGCAGGUUUCACACCCAGAUCCCAAGGUUGUGCGUAAAGGCCAGGCAGCUCAUCACAAACUGUUUUUGAACGAAAGAAAAAACAAAUGCAAGUCACCACCGCUAAUUACUCGGAAUUCAGGCAACUUUCUUUUGUGUUUUAUGAAUAAAUGUUGGCCAAUCCAAGCAUCAUGUUUUGUAGAAAAAUGUUUCAUGCCAUUUGUCUCAUUUGAUGCAAGUUCUCAAUCAAAGUAGGUAGCGAAAUCCUGGGAAGUAGCUGGCGAAUUUUGCCUGCUGCUGGCCGUACUAAGAAUAGUGCCUUCUGGGCAGGUCCAACAAUGAACGUCUGGAGUUCCUGUGAAAUCUGACAACUCUGAUUGGCUGAGAGUAUGAAACAAAUACUUUGCACAUGCUCAGAAAAUUAGGCCAGGCAAAGGUCAGAAUUCUUGGUACCAUGUAUAGACCUAAAGAAUCAUGGCCUCUGGAAUGGUGAAUGUAAAACUCCAAAGUAUUGCAAUGGUUUAAUGGCAAGGCUGUAGUCUAAAAAAAAUUAUGUGGAGCCCAAAGUUUCCUAACCAUGAAAUCUUGGGUGCCCAGCACUUAAGCUUGUAUGAAAAAUGGGCUGUAUAGCUUAAUGCUUAUAGAAUAAAGCUGUCAUUGUUUACAAAAUUUAUUUCUUUUUCCUGCAGCUUCUUCUAGAACAUUUAGAAUGUUUAGUAGCACGACACGAAAGAUCCUUGAGAAUGACAGUUGUCAAACGACAAGCUGCCACCACUGGAGGUGUGUCAUCUGAAGUGGAAGUUCUCAAGGCUCUCAAAUCCCUGUUUGAGCAUCACAAAGCUCUGGAUGAAAAGGUGCGUGAAAGACUUCGGCAGGCUGUAGACAAAAAUAAUGCCCUUGAAGCAGAACUUGAAGAAACACGGGAAAAGCUCAAAGAGCUUGAACAAGAAAAUGAGGAUAUUAGACUUCGAAAUCUUAGAAGAGUAAGAACUGAGGAAAAGCUUCAUGCAUCAAGUGAGAACUGCCAGGAAAAUGGUGAUGAAAAUUCUAAUGCUGAAAAGCAGCAUCUUUCGAACGGACCAGUUAAUGUUGAUGUGAGUGCACAUGAAGAACAAAUGGAAGAGAUGCAGUUUCUUUUGGAUAAACGAACCAAGGAGGUGGAACGGCUUACAAGAGAAAAUAAGGAUUUGAAAGAGAGAUGUACUGCACUAGAAGAAGAGUUGAGAAUAUGUAACAAACAGCUAGACAGAGGAAAUACCUCCAUUCAGAGACUGGAAAGAGAUUUAGAUGAGGCAGCAGCCCAGAAAUCCGACAUGGAAGAUAGAAUAGCAACUCUUGAGAAGCGUUACGUUCGACUUCAGCAUGAAGUCACAGCUCUGAAUGAUGAUAAUGAGAGACUGGCAACUGAGCUUGCUAGUAAAGAAAGUGAACUUAUACAGACGGAAGAGAAAGUAAGGUGUCAACAAGAAAAACUAGAACUCGCUGAGCAGAACCUUAACCAGUCUCUAAGAAAAGCUGAAGCAUUACCUAAAAUAGAAGAAGAAUUAGCCGUACAAAUGGCAGCCUUAAAUGAGGCGGCAGAGAAACAAGGGUCAGCAGAAGAGACUGUUCAACAGCUGCAGACCCAGGUUCAAGACCUUCAGGCCGAGCUUAACAGGGCCCGGGAAAGAGAAAAGAUUAAAGAAGACCAUAACACUAGAUUAUCAAAUACAAUUGACAAGUUGCUGGGUGAAUCAACUGAAAGACUACAAGUUCACCUCAAGGAAAGGAUGGCUGUACUGGAAGAGAAGGCUGCUCUGGCUCAAGAACUUACAGCAGUAAAAUCACAAGUAGAAGAUCUUCAAAGGGAAAAGGAAAUAUUAGCCCUAGAACUAGGAAGACUGAAUGAAGAGUUUGAAAAACGAAAAUCUACGAGUGCUCCAGCUGCUGCAGUGAAUGGUCCUGUUGUACAAUUUGCCAGUGAGCCUGUUAAGCGAGAGACAAAAGGCCGCUCUGGAAUAGAGGACUCACCCAGCAGGGUGUUUACACUAAAUGAACAGGAGUGGCAGAAGCUAGAACAGGCAAGCGUUCUUAAGAAUGUUGCCAUGGCAUUCGACACUGGUCGGCUCUCUGACAUUGAAAGUGAUGCUGGCAGUGACAUCUCUGAAGAAAGAGGCGUCGGUGGUGACGCGCAGACUUUAGCAUCUCUCCUACAACAGCAGAUAGACAUAAUUAAUAAAGAGCUCAACCAACUUCAGGAGGAACACAAGACAACUGAGAGGAGAGCCAUUGUCCUUGAGAAGACUGUAACAAGAAGCCCAAUGCAUAAGCAUGUGUAUUCAGCUAAUUCUCAACAGGAAUUGGUUGCAUCUUCUACAUCUUUUCCAUUUCCUCCUCUUGAUCCCAUGGAUACAACACCAAUCUGGGUUAAGUCAAGCAAGGAAGGUUCACUGAACAACCUUGAUGAUGCACCCACCCCUCCCACACCUAGCUCAGGUACAUCUGAUUCUACAGAAAGUUCUAAACCCAGCCAGACAGGUGCAAAUUCCAGUUCAUUACCUGAUGAUGCAGCAAGUACAGUACCAUCUACUAAUGGCAUGAUCAAAUUAAGGGAUAACUCAGUGGACUCAUUACCAAGUGUCACAAGCACAACAAGUAGUGCAGAAUCUUUAUCAAAAAACAGCAGCAGUGGCUCGCGUAAGAAAGGCAUCAAAGGAUCCUUUGGGCGUCUGUUUGGAACUAAAACAAAGACUAAAAAUAAGGACUCUGCGGGUGUCCUAUCAGACUCGUACUCUCUUUCAAAUGAACCUGUUCCAGGAGGAACAGGGCAGAGAGAGUUAGACAGGAGAAUAAAAAAUAAGUCACAUUUGUUAGCGGAAGCAUUAGCAGCUGGGACACCUUUUGCUUUGUGGAAUGCGCCUACAGUUGUGGCUUGGUUAGAGUUGUGGGUUGGUAUGCCUGCCUGGUACGUGGCUGCCUGUAAAGCAAAUGUUAAGAGUGGAGCAAUCAUGUCGGCUUUGUCAGAUACUGAGAUUCAACAUGAGAUUGGAAUAUCAAAUCCACUUCAUAGGCUCAAGUUACGGCUUGCCAUCCAAGAGAUUGUCACUCUUACAAGUCCAUCAUCACCAACAACUAACAGAAAUUCUCUAGUGUAUGGUGAAAUGAACCAUGACUGGAUUGCUAAUGAAUGGCUGCCCAGUCUAGGACUUGCUCAAUACAAGAGUACUUUUCAAGAAUGUUUAGUAGAUGCAAGAAUGCUGGAACACAUCAGCAAAAAAGAACACCAAAAGUAUUUGAAAUUAGUAGAUGGUUUUCACAGACACAGCUUACAAUGUGGUGUCAAAUGUUUAGGAUUUAUGAAUUACGAUAGGAGGUUGCUGGAGAAAAGACAGCAAAUGUGUGCAGAGGAGGUUAAAGAUGUGCUUGUUUGGAGCAAUGAACGUUUAAUUGAGUGGUUAAAGAAGAUUGGAUUGAACGAAUACGCUGAUAACUUGCACGGCACAGGAGUCCAUGGAGCUGUUAUUGCGCUGGAUGAUACUUUUGACUUCAGUACCCUGGCAUACGCUUUACAGAUACCCAGUCAAAACACACAGAUACGUCAAAUUCUUGAGCGGGAAUUCAAUUGGUUGCUGGCGAACGGUACUGACAGAGAAGUGCUGGAUGAACUUGGUAAUGGUGGUGAUUUCAAGCGCUCCAAAUCCUGGCGAAAGAUGUUUAAGCAACGUGAUAAAGGAAAAGACAAGAGCAAAGACAAGGAAGCUAAUAUUAGAAAAAACUCGUCCGGAUCGGAGUCAUCUCUGAGCCAGUCAAGCGUCAGCUCGUCUCCAAAACCUUCAGCUAAGAAUGCUAAACACAAUGUGGUCAGUAGUGACCCAAAAACAACAGAUGGUGGUUCUGUGGUCUCAAGCCAGUCAUAGCAGUUAUCAGGCAAUCAUUAAUCACACAGUUUGGUGUCCAAUAUGAAUGGUUUACUAAAAUUAACCAAUAUAUCAAGUAUGCUUAAAUUAUAAAUACAAAUUUAUUUUUUCAUUUAGACAAGGGUAUUGGUAUUGUAAACUAUACUAGUCGUUUUAGUACCUAAUUUUAUGGAAUUGUAACAAAAGAUUUAUUAAGGAAUUGGUCUGAGAUUCCUCGAGAUUGGCCACAGCAAAUGUUCUUGGGCUUGUGUAAAGAUGAAAUACCUCGAGCGUUUUGUAUAAUGUAAUUUGCAAUGCCUGACCUGUGAAUAUGAUUAAUUCCAUCAGAAUAAUAAAUUAAUUAAUUGAAAUUGUUCACGCUCCGUCCAGCAUGUGCUGCUAGUAGUCUUUGAGAUCAGUUUUACCCGUUUUCAGAGGUUGUUCGAUUGUUCAAUGCUACUGAAGAACCUCGAUGUGAUCUCUCUGUUGUUUGCCCUUGUCAAAUUUUAUUUUUUAUAGUCAUAUAAAUUUUAUAACUCUCUGUCUUUGUUACCUAAAAUAAUCCAUUUUCGAGAAAAGGAAAUUGUUGUUUGGUUUUCUUUUUUGAUUGAGUAAAGGUGAAAAUUGGUAUCACACAACUCAACCAAGGCUACUAGCAUCCAUUUUGAGAGAGUCGCGAGCGUGGUUUAAUAAAAUUUUGUAAUGAAUUGAAGUAACUAUUGUACUGUUUCGAGUUGAAAUGAAUUCAGAAUACCUUCUCGUGAAGGAGGUAUAAAAUUAUUACGUCACAAAGUUUGACCAUAUUUAGCUUGGUACGUGAUUAGUGAAUUUUUGUCAUUGGUGUAAUUUAAGUAUUAGGUACUAAGUACAGUUUUCAUAGUUGUGAGUAAAUUUGAUGGUAUAGUUGGUAUUUUUUCCACCCAUUGAAUCAGGUUGUAAUCGUUUGUGGUAGGAUUUUAGUCGCUACUGAGGGAGAGACUUUCGAGAUCUGAAAUAAAAAUCUCAUACUGAUGACGUAAUCCUGCAGAGGCCCGUACAGGGUUUGUUAAUGGUUAAACUGGAGCUCAACCAAUCAGAGACGCUACUGGAUACCUACGCCAUCAGUGUGGGACGUCUUUGGCUUAAAUCUCAAUUUGUUUUUCUCGUCAGUGAAGAAAGUGAUGCAGAAGAAUUUUUUUAAGUGUCCAGUAAAUCUUGGUCAAGCUUCUGAUUUGUACAGAAUUUUGAAUAGCAAGAUAAGACAUAAUUUACGAGGCAGAAAUUGAUCUCUUUCGUCCGCUUGCUUUUCUGUUAAUACUAGGCAUUGAACAUGGUCUGAUCCUGUAGACCUUAAUACUUUCACUUCCUAGAGUGCUAAAGCUCAACAUUGCAAAGAAAUUCAUUUAUCAUUUCCUGAGUAUCGAGAACACACAGUUUUUCGUAUGUGUAAGUUCAAUCAUUAAUACAGGUUAAGUCUACACAGCAUUUUCUCUCCAUAUCUUGGCCAUGUAACGGGGGACAGAAAACUAGCAUUUAAUAUGUUUCACUGUACUAACUCACUAGGAGGAGAUUGCUUGGGCUUUGGGUUGUAUGUCACUUGGUCAAGUCCGUAAAGUUUUGGAAUAUAAUGAAGCCUGGUUCCAAACUUCACAGACUCCUGCAACUGUACCCUAGCGUCGUGAAAUAAAUUAACAUUAUAAUGCUUUUUUAUACGUAAAUAAGUAGAAUAGCUUGUUAUAUAUUGAAGCGGGCACUCUGACAAGCCCUUGGACGUUAUAGUUCAUUUAUAUGGUGGAAUGAAUUUUUGGAAGCAUUGAACAAGGUGGAGACAUUUGUAUGCUUCUUUGCUAAGGAUGUUCUUUAUCGAGACUUCAGGCAAUAACGGGAAGCAAAUGAAUUUGUAGUACAUACCCAACUACUCAUCGUGUAAUAUUUAUCUCUACUAUGCGAAGCUUGUCUAAGACAUUUUUGUAUCACGCCUCAAGACUUGAACUUGUUAGUGAUCUCAAUGUAUGCUAUCCGUGUUUUUACUGGCUGUAAUUCCUUAAAGUUAGUCGUAUACUUGAUAUUGAACAUAUCUACAACGAUUGGACUUUUAUAGAUUUGAAACUGCGUUCAUUGCUAAUGCAUCUGGUAAGUAAGCAACAGACUAGGUUGUGCGUCGAAUGAUAGCUUAAAAUGACAGCGGAAUUUAAUAGCUGUUACUAUGUGGGAUAAUUUGCCUCGUACAAGUUGCAAAGGAGCACCUCACAGGCAGUAUCUCUAUAUUUAUUCACAAAUGAGAACAAGAUUUUUUUUGUUUUUCCGUACUGUAUAUCAUUUGUAAAAUAUGGAAACCAACAAUUUUGUUAUCUUUAAUGUAUAUGUAAUCAAAUAUCAGGAUCAUGAAAUACAGUUAUAUUUUAGUACUAGCAGUCUGCAAGUCUUGAGAAUAAACUAAAACUGGUUUACACCAGUG